UUGUCGAUUCAACUCCGAUUUUCACUAAUUUUGGGCUGAUUCACUGAAUUCUUUACUGAUUCUAAAAUAUUCUGAUUUAUAAGAGUGUUCAGACUAGACUGAUUCUCAAUUAAACCAAUUGAAUCCUAAUAUCCAAUUUUCACAACAUUGUCUAAAACACACAAAAACUAAGAAGAAACCGUAGAAGGGGACAAAUACCCUUUCGCCACGUUCACAACAAGAAGAGGAGCAUGAAUAUAAAACACAAUUCCUUACUUCCAUUGAAGACCAUUCUUGGCGAAAGCAUCAGCAGCGAUGUUCCCCUCCCUGGGAAUAUACUGAAAAGUGAAAAGUGACAUUCAUAUAAUCUGAAAUACUCCCACGUAUAGCGUCCACAAUAUGGCUAUAAGAAUGGUCCUUGCGCACCCUUCAUUGAUCAAUUUGACAGCAUCUAAAGAAUCAGAAUGCAUCUCUAUGAAGUUGAAUCCUCUUUCUCUGGCUAACCGAAUCCCAUGCAAGAAGGUUGACAACUCUGCUAACGACCCAAGUUACAAGUGAAUCCUCAAUAAAUUCCAGCGCUAUCUCUGAGUAGAUCUCCAUAAGACAAAAUUGAAGUUUGAUUUGAUCUUACACAUCAACAUUAAGAUGAAUUGUAUUUGCUCUAGGAAGGCACCAUUUGACACUAAGUGCAAUCCCUGCAGCUAUGUUGCAAGUCUUGACAGACUCUUGAAAAUUAUUUGUAUAAAUAAUCUCCUUCUGCAACUUGUUAAUUUUCCCUACCAUUUCUUGAUGAGACCACUUUGUACCAUGAAAUACAAAGUAGUUUCUUCGUUGCCAAAUAACAUCCAGCACAAUACCAAGAGUCCUUGGCCAAUUUGGAGGAAAAUAUGUACCUCCUUUUAAAUUUCUCAUUAAUUAACCACUUGGAUUUGUCACCUGCAAAAAAAAAAAAAACGUUAGUAAAAUUAGGAAGGAUUCCCUUCCAAGCUUAUCCACAAGGCUGCAGUCCCAAAGAUAGUGGAUCUCUGUCUCCUCAUCCAUCAUGCACAUAGGGCACAUGGAAGAUUCAACAAUAUAUCUCUUCCACCUUGCAGUGUUUGUAGCAAGAGCACCCUUUGCUACUUUCCAAUGAAAAGCUCACCCUCUUUCAAGACCCUUUUAACUCCAGACUAGGCGAAAUAAAGGAAUAUCAAUCUAAUGGUGAUUAUUCGAUAUAACUCUAUAACCACUCUUAACCUUAUACCUUGUGUCAUCAGAAUCUUGCCAAAUAAAAGAAUCUUCUCCUUCAUCGAUACCACUAGGAGCAUGAUCCUUUACUACUAAGGGCCCGUUUGGAUGUGGCCCAAAAGAUCUUUUAUUAUCUUAUCUACUGAAAAAAGAUCUUUUUAUUUUUUAAGAGUGUUUGGUUAUUUUUUUUUUUUAGCUUUUACAAAAGCAAAAGCUCUCAGCAGAUCUUCCUCUCAAGUUUAGAUUCACAGCUUCUCAAAUCUCCUUUUCGGGAAUCUGAUCCCAAAAUAAGGCUUGGACAAUAAUGUCCUCAAGAAAAUUUCAAAAUGACAAGCAUACCCUCCUCGUUUUUCUCUGAACCCUAAAAUUUUCUCUCGUUCCUGAGAACUUGCGGUGCUGUGCCUUCCUCGGAAUUUUUCUCCCAUGCUUCCAAUCUCCUUCGUCAUCUCUUCCGAUCAUCCUUGGUCAUCUCUUCCGAUCAUCCUUCGCCAUUUUUUCUUCUUCCUUUGUUAGCAUCACAGGUUCUUCAUUAAUUUCUUUUUCUUCUCAAUAUUGUUAUGGAUUAGGGUUAUGCUUUUGUUUGUUUCAUUAAGCUUGUGAAAUGUCUCUCAAUCAAGUUCCUGUGAAAAGAAAGAAAGCAGAAUGGUGUGAUAAGAAUACUGAGAUUAUGUUGAAAGUGUACAUAGAAGAGGUGAAUGCUGGAAAUAAACCUCAGAACCAUUUCACUAAGCUUGGUUGGGCAAAUAUUGCAGAAAAGUUCAAUAAGGCAACAAAUUUGAGAUAUGAAUAUAAACAAUUCAGAAAUAGGUGGGAUUCUUUGAAAAAGGAAUGCCAAUUAUGGGCUAAGCUUAUUGGGAAUGACACAGGUCUUGGCUGGGAUGGGGAGAAGAAAACCAUUGCAGCUAGUGAUGAAUGGUGGGAAGCCAAAAUUCAGGAGGAUCCUGAAGUAGCAAAGUUUAGAGAGCAAGGCCUCAAAUUCUUACCUGAGAUGGAAUUCCUUUUUAAGGGUACUAUUGCUACUGGUUUUGCAGCAUAUGCACCAUCUGAGGAUUCAAGACAAUAUGAAGGAUUCAACACAAGAACAGAAGAGACAAAUGAUAACAUUGAUGAUAACACUGACAUGGAAGUGAAUGAGCCUGAGAUAGACACGACAACUCAGAACACGUCUUCGGCAAAGGAAAAUGGACAGAGGAAGAGAGGGUGAUAAAAGAAUUGGGGUUGCUGCCAAGCUUUCCUCACAAUUAGAUCGUAUUAUUCAAACAUUUGAAUCUAGUGUAUCUGCUCAAGACCCAACUAGUAUUACUGCAUGUGUAGCAAAGUUGAAAGAUCUACCAGGACUUGAGUGUGGGAGUGAACUAUUUUACAAAGCCACUAAACUUAUGAAAAAAAGGGCAAACAUGAUCACCUUUGUUGCUUUAGAAGAGCCUGAGCUACAACUUGGAUGGAUCAAAUCUGAAACUUAAGCACAAAUUCCUUAAUUUCUCCUCUAUUUGAUAUCAUUGACACUUGCUAGUUUUGCUUGGUUAUGAACCUUGGUUGUGUUAUGGAUCUUAGUUUUUAAUUUUAGUUAUGUCAUGGAUCUUUGAUUUUAAUUUUGGUUAUGUUAUGGAUAUUAGUUAUGGUUUGGCUCUUGAUUUUUUUAUUUUCAGUUGUGUUAUGAUUUUUUUUCCUUCUACAGGAUGUCUUCAUCAUUAUCAUCAAAUGACUCAUCACUAUCAUCAAAUGACUCUUCAUCUAACGAUGACGAUCACAUUACGAAGAACAAAGUGUUGAUGUUUGCUGUAGCUAAUGUUACCAAUUACUUCAUGAAAUAUGUUGUGAAAAAUCCAUGUAGAGAUUCAAGCAUGACAGGCCAUCAUUGGGUAUCUGAAAUUCUAAAUGGUCAUCCAAUAUGUUGUUAUCAGAUGUUUAGAAUGAAGAAACUUGUCUUUCUUGAAUUAUGUGAUAUCUUGGAAACCAAGUACAACUUAAAGAAAACUCGAAAUGUCAGCAUUUAUGAGCAAGUUGGCUUGUUUUUAUACAUGUUGAGUCAACCAGGUUCUGUUCGUAAUUGUGAGGAAAGAUUUCAACAUUCAGGUGAAACAAUAUCUAGACAUUUCCAUAAUGUCUUAGAAGUUGUGUGUAUGUUUGCAAAGGAUAUAAUUAAGCCUGUUGAUCCAUCAUUUAGGGAUACUCCUGAUGAGAUUCUAAAAGAUGCUAGAUAUCGCCCUUACUUUAGGGAUUGUAUUGGUGCAAUAGAUGGUACUCAUAUACGAGUUUGUGUUCCCUUUCAUCUACAAGGAGUCUAUAUUGGUCGGAAAGGCUACACUACCACUAAUGUCAUGGCUGUUUGUGACUUUAGCAUGUGUUUCACUUUUGUUUGGGCAGGUUGGGAAGGUUCUGCACAUGAUACUAAGAUAUUUAUGGAGGCUUUACAUAAGCCUGCAUUGCAUUUUCCACAUCCUCCUCAAGGUAAAUAUUAUCUUGUUGAUUCUGGUUACCCUACUUUUAUGGGUUUUCUAGGACCGUACAAGAAAACUAGGUAUCAUCUCCCGCAAUUUAGAAUUGGGCCUAGAAUCAGGGGAAGAGUUGAAGUUUUUAAUUAUUAUCAUUCUAGUCUUCGAAGUACAAUUGAACGUGCAUUUGGUUUAUGUAAAGCAAGAUGGAAGAUAUUGGGUAAUAUGCCACCUUUUGCUUUGAAGACACAAAACCAAAUCAUUGUUGCUUGCAUGGCUAUACAUAACUUCAUUCAAAGAAAUGACAAGAGUGAUGGAGAAUUUGAUUCGCUAGAUGAAGAUAAUGAAAAUAUAGAUAGUGAUGAAGAUGAAAGUGAAGUUGGUCCUAGUAUUACAACAUGGGAAGAACCGGAUGCUCAAAGUACUCUACAAAUGGAACGAUUUAGAGAAUCUUUGAAGAAUAUGUUUCCAACACGUAUUUAAUUUCUUUAUUUUUUAAUACUACAAGGUUGCAUGUUUAUGGUAUGGGUACAUUUGAACAAUUUUAUAUUGAAAGACAUUAUUGAUCGUAUUAUCACCAAGUUAAUGAUAUUUUAU